AUGUCACGUCCAAAGGUCUUUUUUGAUGUUUCCUCUAAUGGAAAACCAAUCGGAAGAAUUGUUUUUGAAUUAUUCAGCGAUAUCGUCCCAAAGACAGCUGAGAACUUCAGAGCUCUUUGUACUGGAGAGAAAGGAGUAGGAAAGAUGGGAAAACCUCUUCACUACAAAGGAUGCACCUUCCAUCGUGUUAUUCCAGAUUUCAUGCUUCAAGGAGGUGACUUCACUCACGGAAACGGAACCGGAGGUGAAUCUAUCUAUGGAGCAAAAUUCGCUGACGAAAACUUCCAAGAGAAACACACUAUUCCAGGACUUCUCUCUAUGGCUAAUGCUGGAGCAAAUACCAAUGGAAGUCAAUUCUUUAUCACAACUGUUCCAACUCCAUGGUUAGAUGGAAAACACGUUGUCUUCGGAAAAGUUAUCGAAGGAAUGAAUGUAGUCAAGAGCGUCGAAGCUUUAGGAACUCAAUCAGGAAAGACUAAGGCUGUUGUUAAAAUCGAAGACUGUGGACAACUUUAA